UAGUAACGCUCCUGAUGAGAAGGAACCUGCGACUGGUUUUGUUGCUAUUGCUUACAUUCAGGGUAAUGGAACCCAUCAAGAGAAUUUUGAAUAGCAACAACAUUAAAGCUGCUCAAAGACCUUUUCAAACAUUAGGGCAUAUUUUUGCCAAACUUAAGGAUCCUGUCACGAAAGAACAACGAACGCUAUUUAUUCUAUUCCAUGCAAUGACUUUGAUCACGAGUAUAUCGGACAAACCAAACUUCAGUUUGGUACACAUUUGAAAGAGCAUCAGGAAGCGGUCUUCCUUUGCAAUAAAGAAAGUUCAGCUUUUUCGGAGCACACGUGCCUAACCAACUGUAUAGUGGGAUAAGUCUAAAAUUAUCACCACUGAUCGUCGUUACCACCAGCGCCUUUGUUUGGAAGUCUGGCAUUUCGACUCCGCUCACGCCCCUAUAAAUCGUGAUGAUGAAUUGAGAUUUUCAAAUUCAAAAAGGAAAAGAGGCACACCACUUCUCAAUUUAUGUAGACGACGAUUAGGUGCCAUGGAAACUCAAAAGAAAAGUGUCAAUGAUUACCGAUGUGCAAAUUGUCACAAUGUUUAACAAACCCAGUGAUGUCAGUAUGAAAGAGAUCUUCGCAGAUCAACCCGGUGAUGCAGAAGAGUCACAUGAAAAAUACGUGAUUCCGUCCAAAAAUUUAUUUCUAAAAAAAAGGUAAACAGAACGAUCAAACAGAAAAAAUAUGGUCCCUUUGUGAUUGAUUUGCCAAAAAUGAGCACGAGCAAAAUGUACAAAUUCAAUUCAUGUUAUACACGUUAUUGAAACAAAAUUUCACAUUUUUUAGCUGAUGAGUACAUUGACAGGAUAGGCAGCAGAAUCGUCCCAUACAAGGAAAAACACUUCGACAACCAACACAUGGGUUCUCUCAAAUUAGAAUCCUCUCUUUUGAGCAAGUCGCAAGGAAAAAAUGAAAAUGCACGCUGAAACAUGUCAAAAACAUUAUUUGCGUUGUGACUGGUUAAAAUUAUUUUACGCGACUGUGCCAAAUUGAAUACAGCCUUACAUACUUCUUAUCAUUAUUUGCGUUAUGACUGGUGCAAAUUAUGCUCGUUUUUAUGCCAUUGUGCCAAAGCAACCCCCACCAAAUUUUGAUCUUUCUUGGAGGGAUUGCGACAUUUGUUCACUUUUUGAUUGUGCAAAACUACCCGUAAAAUGUACUUUUUGAGGUUCGACUCGUGUUACUUUUGCUUUUGAAAAAAUGGUGGAAUUUUUUAGCAUGACGGCACUAGUAGUUAUAUGUGUAUGUAUUAUUUUCCACACUCAAUUAUUCCUAAUCCAAGAGACCUUAGUUACCACAACGACAAUUCGAACUGAGACUAUAGCCUGGUUUCUUAGUCAGUUCUCAUCACGGAAAAUUUUACCCACCUGUUUCUGUAAUUCUAAUGAAACAUUAUCUAUAUUUUUGUAUAUUCUCUCGGUAGGUGGUGUGAACAAUGUAUUAUGGAAAUUUGCAUUCAGCCUCAAUACAAGUAAGAAAAGAAAUUAUUGAUUAGUCUUGUCAACUGCUAACCUGGUUAUUACCUUUUCUCUUCUUUCAUGGGCGAGGUUCCAUGGAAAUCUUGAGUUGAAAAUGACAGAUGAAAAUGAAAAACAAAAAAAUUUUAAAAAUAAGAAGGUCGUAUAUAUAAGAAGGGAAAUCACACCUGAUGCUGGUUCAUAGAAUCAUCAACUGCGCGCUCUCCUUUGUGUUAAAUUCACAAGUCACAUUUUAAUUUUUGCUCAUAACCAUUACAAUUUCCUCAAAUGUGAUUGAUGCAUCACCUACUUUAAUUUUCACUAAUUAUUCUGCAGAAUUGUAAUCGGGCAAUGUUACCUGACAGUUGGCUAUAAUUGGACAGUUAAAGAAGCCAAUCAUAUUUUAAGUCCACCCAGUUAAAUCCACCAAUCACAGAAUUGAUUAAGUAACCAUAGUAACAUUCAACCACUCCCCAACAAAAUUGGGGAGUUUGCAAAGCUGUAGGAAUUUUUACUCUAAACAGUGUUUCUUGUGACUCACUUCCACGGUUUCUUGUUUUAUUUCUUGGGAAAUUGUAGUGGUUAUGAUUAAAUGGUAACAGCUGGGCUUUUCGCUGUCCGAUUCUGUCUAUAAUCAUACUCGAAAUUUAAAAAUCGCACUUCCGCUGUAUAGUCAUCCAACUUUAUCAAUCGCUCGUAUAAUUACGGACAGAAUUGGACUCAACUCAGUCCUAUUGCCAUUAAACUAGUCGCGCAUCGUGUAAAAAACCGAGGUGAAAAUGAAUCAUCAUGGACGGCUGGCCGGAUGAAUAAUGGCUGGCUGGAAGGCUGGCUGAAUGAUGGAUGGCUGAAUUUCUAGAUAGCUGGAAGGUUGGAAGGCUGGAUAUCUGGAUGGCUGGAAGCCGGAAGGCUGGAAGACUGGAUAUAUGGAUGGCUGGAGGCUGGAAGGCUGGAUGGCUGGAACGUUGGAAGGGUAGAUGGCUGGAUGGCUGGCCGGCUAAAUGAUGGCUAGCUGGAUAGUUGGCUGGCUGAAUGAUGGCUAGCUGGAUGGCUGGAAGGCUGGAUGGAUGGCGAGAUAGCCAAAUAGGUGGGAGACUGGAUGGAUGGCUGCAUGGAUGGAUGACUGGAUCGCUGACUGACUGAUUGACUGUUGAUUGACUGAUAUGUUGAUUGUUCAGAAUUCUAUGAUGGACUGAUUAAUUGAUCGAUCGAUUGAUUGAUUGAUUGAUUGAUUGAUUGAAUGAUCAAUUAAUUCGUUUUAAUUUUCUUUUGCCCUGAAUUAUUGCAGUGUAUCAGAGGGUUUCUUACCAAACAUUUCAUGCAGAAAAUGUCUUUUACGAGGAGAAAACUGUACAUAAUCUUGGAAAAGCACGAUACCAAAUGGACCUUGUUAAAUCGGAACUUUUCCCCAUCACCAAUGAAUUUGCUGCUGCUGUCUGUAACUUACCACAAACAUAUGACCAGAUGGCUUACCACAGAUUUAUAAAGGAUUGGGGAACGGUUGGUUUCUGAAUUAACUUUGUUACCUCAUUAACUUUUAAUUUGAAAAAGUUUGGCCAGGUUUUUACCAUGGCCAGUGUGCAUUGUGUCAAUGAAGAAUAUUUGUUUGCAAAAUUUGAGUUAUUUAUUUAUAUAUAUACAUAUAAUUGUUACUAGAACUCUCAGGCCAACAAAAGUGCACUGCGCCAGGAGGAUAAAUAGAGAUUCGCAGUCCAAACCUCACAGCAAACACAAGCGUAGAGAAUUAAAAAAAAAUGCGAGGAUGGAGAACUUCUGACGUAAAAAAGAUAAAAAAUUUAAUAAAAACGUUUUUACUGAAUUUUUUAUCUUUUUACGUCAGAAGUUGUCCAUCCUCGCAUUUUUUUAACUCUCUCCUUCUCUCUCUCUCUCUCUCUCUUAACUUCACAAUUUUUUGUCACAUUCUUUGCAUGCAUGUUAUCCUUUUGUUUGGCUAGAAGGAUAAAUCCGUCUACAAUAACAAAAAUGUAACAAUUAGGAAAGCAGUUUUCAAUGUUCUACAGUUGACUAGAGAUAAUGUUUGCACUACAGUUAUCUGGUUUUUUUUUUAAUUUCAUGUUUUUUGCCUUUUUAAUUUACGUAUUAUAAUUUUCGUUUUUUUCCACUAAUAAAGGGGUUAAGUUUUCAAAGAGAGUAACAUCAGCUUUCAAACUCUUUACGGAGGCCAAUUCACAUUAUUAACUCACUUGAUAAUGCCAAAUUACCUUCAUUUUUCGCUGUUUGGUACUAACUUUCUAAGCGGCACUCCCCCCUUCCCCAAUAGAGGAUUCGUAAGAAUCUUCGGUUUCUGUCAGUGAAAAGGUUUGGCGUUUCACACUACACAUUCAACCAGGAAACUGAUUAGUUGCAAUAAUGUGGAUGUGUUGAGGUACAUUUAUGUUUCUGAAUUUUUGGUUGAAAUAUACUCAUGAUAAACUCAUCUCAAUUUUUCAUAAACUUUCAAAUAAAGUUAUGUGUAUAGAUAGUUAUUGAUUAUUUGUUUAGAUACCAAGAAUACAUUUUUCCUUAAUACAUGUCAAGUUGACCUUGUCCACAUGAUGUACAUGCACUAGAACCCAGUUCUCUUGGUUAUCAAAUGUGGAUUGUUUAACAGCCAUACAUGAAAACCCAAUUUUUUCAUAAAGGUACUUCUAAUAGAGAUGACAAUUUUGAUGAUAUUGGUAAUAGGUUCAAGGUUUCCAUCAAGACACUUUUAAUUACAUCAAAGCAUGUUCCGUCCUAGAAUUUAAAUGAAGUAAACAGUACAGUAGUAAUGUAACUGAGUCAAUGAGAUACUUUUCAAUUUAUCUAUUGCAACCCGCCUGUAGAGUAAUUUAAGCUAAACUACAGUCUGAAGAGCGUGUGUAUCUUUUUGUAUGAAUUUUUUUAUUCUCCUUACAGCAUAUUGUCAGCGAGGUGGAACUUGGAACCAAGAAGAUUGAACGCUACAAGAGUUCGUAUACUGAUUUCCUCAAGUAUGCGAUGAAAAAUGUGAGUUUCUGCGCUCACUGAAAUUGAUUUUUACCAAGCAACAGUAUGAAAUAGAUUUUGUUGCUCGGCGUUCAACUGUUCUUGUUUAAUUACCCUCAAGGCAAAGUCACAUUUCAUUUGGUUCCAACUCCUAGAUGAGUGCCAACUUACCAUUAUGCUUCAAAGAGCCAUUCUGAUAACGAGAAUAAAUUAGCCAAUAACCUGCAGGUUUUGGUCUAUAGAAGCUCCUUGGAACAUUUAACGUUGAGCUGUGCACCGAUAACUCAACUAAAAUUUGAAACAUGAGUUACCAUUCACUUCUUUGAUUCCAUGAUGCCUUUUGACGACAAUUUAUAUUAGCUGCGUAAAAAAUACCCAUGGUAUGAACAAUUACCGAUAAAUCGUUACAGACUCUAACGGAAUCGAAAGAAAAACAUGAAAACCGACUCCCGCGUGAUAAAAAUGUUAUUGAAGCACUUUUUUUACGUCGAAUAAGUUGUGUGUCUUUGCUCUGACUUUUUUUUUUCUUUCCCAUAGGUGAAGACCGCGGUGUCUAUGUCUGUGUCUAGCGAGUACCGAAGGUAUCGUAGCUCUCUCUCCGUUGAUUUUAAAAGGUUCACGGCGUCCAUGACAAGUGGAAUUUCAUUUGGAAGUGACAAAGUUAUGUUUCAGUGUGGUACAAGUAACAACCCUGAGCCCAUUGGAAUGAAGUUGAUUUCUAUCGACCGGGCAUUUGACGACAGCUUCUUUAAGGCACUCAGUAAGAAAUACCAAUGUCAGAAUUUGGCACAACGGAGAAUAAACGUGAAAAAGAUUUUAAAAGAAUACCCAGUCCUAGAAGGAGCUAAAACAUAUCCUAAAGGUAUCAUCACAUAUCGAUUCCUGUUUUAAAGCUAUAUGUGCGCCACUAUUUGUUCAACUUGAAACAUUUAUGUUAAUUUGUUUUGGUUGGCACAAUUGCCACUUAAAGUCUUCUUCAGCGCUACCAAUCCGUAACAGCUAUUUUGGUGUAUUCUUGAAUGAUAUUCGUUAAGAUCCUCACUAACCCUCUUCAUCAUCUUCUGAUGAUGGGGAUCUAAUUUUUCCUGGCUAAUGACCAUGUUAAAUUAAAUCUGAUCUUGAGCUUACAAAAUUCCAAAAGAAUCUUGAUGUAACCACUUAGUUUAUUGAGAUAGUUAGCUUUGAAAUCUGAAAAGUGCUGACGUAGUACUUUUGAAAGAUUUUCGAAUAAAUAGUCAUAUUGUGACAUGAAAAUCUUUCAACUGAUUGACUAAUAUUGACGAAACAAUUGACGUUUCUUUGCUCUACUGUUUACUUUUGGACAAUAAAAGAAUCAUUGAACUUACUUCCUAGACUUUUCUUGACAUUUUUUUCUUUGUUGACUUAAAUUUCAUGUUCAAAAGACUUUUUCUCUCUUUUUUCCAAAUGUAUCUUUAAGAAAGCACACAUUUUUCAGCUUCGGUGAAGAAACAGUCGCGGGUAGCAACGUCAUUAAUUCUUAAGUGCGUAUUCCUUCGUCUAAAGUAACGUGCAACUCUGUAACUAUGUUAAAGAGUUGUCGCAUCAUAAGGUUUCUUGGAAUUUUGUUAGAUCCUACAGUCCGCAUUCCUCUAACUUGGCCACUGGGCAAAUAUGGACUUCCUAUGGCAAAAUCAGGAUGUCCAAACGGAAGUUUUUGGCACACGGGCUGGCGAUACCAAGACACUGAAGAUAAAGACCCAAGCAAUUAUUGGUCAAAUCCCUACGAUUUGUCGGGACAUGUCCACAAAAGUAAUAUGGUACAAAAGUUCUGUAUGAAGACAAAGUCCCGAACAUCCAAAUAUAAUAUGCCAUGGCCUGAAGGAAAAUACUGCAUCUUCAAAAAAGAAAAUUGCCCCGCAGGUUAGUUCAGAAAGUCCUUUUUUUUUAAUGAAAAUAUUAAAAAAUUUUGGACUUUUCUUAUUGUUUUAUGGUGAACAUGGCGAAGUUUCUUUUCUCACAAGCCGUAUAGAUUAUGUAACAUGCUUAUCUUUAAUUCGGUCAACAAAAAUUUCGAUAUCUGCUAUCCGUGAUUCAUUACUUGUUCCGCCGUGAUCCAUGCCUUAAAUCCUCUGGUACGACUCUUUCCAAAAACAUAACCGUCUGCGGCCGUUACAUGUAUUUUCAUUCCUUAAGUGCAGAUGUUGAACCAACCAAGCACCUGACCUACCCCUAUGAAGGAAAAAAAUAUUGAUUUCAACCAGAAUUUUUUUGCCUUUGAAGUCUUUUUCUUGCACCUUAUUCGAUGGUUUAACAUUUAAUACAUGUGGAUAUUUUGCGAGUUGGGGCAAAGAAAGACCGGCAGCAAAAAAAUUUACACUUAUUUUAUCUGUUAAACCAUCGAAUAAGGGUCUAUUAUUCCGCUAUUAUUUCAUUUUCUAGGCCUGCAGUUUUACAAAUGCUUCUUACAACCUUACCUCAACAACGUAUCGAUCGCAUAGAAACAACAAAAACGAAACUAUCUUUACAAGUGUUUUUAUUAUCAACAAAAAUAUCUUUUAAGUUUAAAAAUUAAGUCGUUUCUUAAAAAGGCAAGCCGAAAAACCGAAAAGAAAUCAAAGGUUAAAGCGUUCAGUGCGGUCAUUUUUUGGCCCGUGUCUUUUUCUUUGUUCUACGAUGUAUUACCGUCGCAUACUUUUAGCACUCCGUUGCUCUGAUGUGUUCAAAUGACGUAAUUGCGAAAUGAUAAAUUAUAGAAGUCGUAACUCACAUCAUUCAAUUCAAGCGUAAUGCUGCGCUAAAUUUUUGCUGCACAGAUUUCGAGGAGGCAUACAUUCGUUGGGAUGAUGAAGAUGACGAUAACAAAAAUGGAAGAGGGGGCACGCUUCCGGAAGGUUCUUACGACUAUAACACUCGCAUCGAAUACUGUUGCCGUACGGAUGGAGAUGCCACAGAAGCCAUUCGCCUUCCAACUGGCUCACCGUUUGUGCUGAUAAAGGCUAACACCCACCUCUGUCAAAAAGUGGAUGGAAUGACACAUAGAUCAGAGUACUUUGGCUGGGACACCGAGGAUAACGAUCCACAAGUCAACAUUCAUGGACCGAUCAAUGCUGAGUUGAGUUCAAACCGUAAUAUAAAAGUUCACUACUGUUAUUACAAUUAAUCCAGUACAAGGACCCCACGCACGGCCGCAGACGUAACUGUUGCCUCAAGAAGAUUUCGCCUUGUUUUUAGACAUUAGAAGUGAACGAGAAAAAUAAAGGGAAAGUAAAUUGUAAACUAGCGUCAGAAGGCGCUUUUGAGAUCAGAAAUUAAAGCUAACAUGGUGCUGGGUCAAUUGAUUUGAUGCCUCAAUAUUCUUGGUGAUGCUGCAGCUUUUGGAGCACUGGUUUAAUCCAAAGGUACCAGACUUCCUGGCCGCGCAUUAUGUAACAGGUGUUUGUUUGUUUGCAAUUCUGGUUUUUCUUUGUUUGUUUCCCUGGUUUGUCCCUGGCAUUCCGACCAUAUUCCGCUCUUUGUAAUCCAGUAUAUUUUUUCCUUCAUGUCAAUGACAGCAUUCCUAUGAUGCAGUAAGAAAUGAUAAGAGCGAGACUCAAGUUCGCACAAUCUUGACGUUGAUUUAGGAUGACAAGACCGUUUUCAUGUUUCUUUACAUAAAUGACGCACAGCUUAAAAUCGGACGCAAUUGUAUUCAUGUACGCUUUUCUAAAUGGUGUGUUGAGGUCACGAACCCUACGAC